AGAGAAGUCCAAGACCUUCGGAACCAUCGUCUUUUCGGCCUCAGAUAUGAACGCCAAAGUUUGCUGUAUUGUCCUGGUGACUGUGUUGGCAUUGCUCAAUGCUGAUGCGACGGCCAUAAAAUGUUACCAGCACACUUGGACGAAGAAUAAAGCAAGCAUCCCAGAAAGCGAGGCUCCUGCAACCUGUGUUGCGGGGAGUAUUAUCGACUUUUCUCAGUGUUAUAAAGUGGUAGACGGUGACAGUAUAUCCCGAGGCUGCGACUUAGAGGACGGCUCAAUGUGUAAAACGGCCAAGGCGCUCGUAUCGCUCUUCGGAAAAUCGCUCACUUGCCACCAUUGCUCCGACUCGGACGGAUGUAACUCCGGUUUCAGGACCACGGCCUCGAAAAUAGUCUUCAUAAUCCCCGCAGCGGUUUUAGUGAUGAUCGUCAAGAAAUUUAUCUAGGCUGAGCUUGAACAACAAACAUUUGAGAAGGUUUGAUUUAAAGCGCUCACUGCAAACCGCAGAAUGCUUGCGGGCCUUUUUUCCUCGGGUUUUGCGAAUAUCCUUGAGUUGAGAAAAGAAAAUCGCGGAGUUUUUUCGGAUUUCAAUGACUGACAGAAAUUUCGUAUUCCGCCAAAAACAAAAUCUUGAAUAUUUAAUUUUUUCCAAAUACUUAAUGAAACAGAGGAAGAACAAACAUCCUGAAAAAGCCGCCCUCUCCGUUAAUAAUAAAUUUACCAGUAUUCCCAGUCUUAUUCGUGUUUUAAGUGUAAAUAUACAUGUGGAUGCCUGUCGAUCGCGCGCAUUCAAAACGAUGGUUAAAAAAAAUGUUUAAUGAUGGCACGGGCAGUGAAAUUGCUCUUGGCAAUUUUUUUUAAUAACGUACGUAAUUUUCAAGUCCAACAAGAUUAGAAUACAUUCUCACAUAAUGAGCUGAAUUUAAUAAACGAUUACCAGUCGGUAUCAUUGAUUACUA